AUGGCUGUAUUAUCUUCUGUCAAUAUAUUAUAUUUAAGAGUCGCCACUCUACUAACAAUAGCAUUCUUCUGCUUUAAGGAUGUUAACAGUAUUUUUAAUAACUCAUAUUAUUUGGUUCUAACCAAUGCUCUAGAUUUGCCAGAAUUAACUUUAUCUCAAUAUAGUGCACAAUUAGGUUUAUUUGGUUUUCUAUUCAUCUUAUUAGCCAUAUCUGAUUUUAUUCCAUUAUUAGAAAAUAAUAAAACUUACUUUUAUUCAAUUGUUCCGACUAGAUUGUCUCUUUUCUUCAUUGUUGCAGGUAUUUCUUAUUUAUCAACAAAAAAUUACUAUUUGCAUAACAAUGCUGUUUUUAUAUAUUGUUUUAUUGAAGUUUGGUUGAAUUUCCUAAUCUUCAGUGCGUUAAGAGAAGAAAGAAAUGAAGAUUUCAGAGUCUCUCAUCAAUUUAUGCAGGAUGGGAUUGUUGAUGACGAAACCUAUGAUAUGAAGGCUGUUCAAGAAGUUGAAGAUGAUGAAGAUAAUGAAGAUAAUGAAGAUGACGAAGAUGACGAAGAUGAUGAAGAUGAUGACGAUGAAGAGGAUGAAGAGGAAGCAGAAGAUUAG